UGAUCACAGUCGAGCCGAGAUCUGCGUUCACAGAGCCACAGCUGGAAUCAACUCACAUAGGACGAGCCUACGGCCAUCGAGUCAUAGGGCUUCAGGGUUCCAUCACUUCGCGUAGCAGUUUCCUGAAUUAGGUGCCUCGUCGGAAACGUCGGGUUGUUUUUUGUGUCAUUAUUGUAAUUAGUGUAUUGGGUAGAGCAAUACUUAGCAGCAGCAGCGGCGUCAACAACAUCAAUAUCACAUCUGGUGCCGAGAAAGGGUCCUUGUCCCGUGUCUGGUCUCACAACCUCUCAGUGGCCCCAGGUGUAGUGUCGCUGUUGUGGGCAGCACAGCCCAGCCUAUCCCAAACCACCGCAGCCAGGCCCAUUCCUAGCUCAGCAAAGUCCAGUCUGCACUCAUAUCUAACCCAGUCCUACUCUAAGCCUCGAGCGGUCUCGCCUAACCAAGAAGCCGAGUGCAAUCCUAACUCAAUCCCCAGCUCCAUCUCAACUUCAGCCCAGGCUCUCUGGCUCAGCUCCCCACAUCCUCCCCGGCCACCGACUUCGCCAUGGAGCGCCUGCACGGCGGAGAGGUGUCCGUGAUCCAGCACGUGCAGAGCGCCUUCAGCGGGCAGCAGAGUGCCCUCGACUUCAUGUCCAACGUGGGAGACAUCCGCACGGCCUUCCUCGUCUACUUCCCCAUCUGCUUCUACCUGCGCCGCGACGUGGGCAUCAGGAUGGUGUGGGCGGCCGUGCUGGGAGACUGGGUCAACCUCAUGUCCAAGUGGAUCCUGUUCGGACACCGGCCCUACUGGUGGGUUCACGAGACGACGUUCUACGUGAACAGCACCGUGCCCUACCUGCAGCAGUUCCCCAUCACCUGCGAGACGGGCCCAGGCAGCCCGUCCGGCCACGCGAUGGGCUCGGCCUGCGUGUGGUACGUGAUGGUGAGGGCCCUGCUGGACUCGCGCGCCGUGGCGGCCCGCGGGCCCGCCACCCGCCGCUGGCUCGGCGCGGCGCUCUGGAGCGCCUUCGCCGUCGUCCAGCUCGGGGUCGGCAUCUCCCGGCUCUUCGUCGCCGCGCACUUCCCCCACCAAGUGCUGCUCGGAGCGCUCGCCGGCAUGGUGGUGGCCGAUCUCUUCGGCUCCGUGUCCUGCAUCCACAACGCGCCGCUCUCGCGCUACGUGGGCACCAGCGCGGCGCUCUUCGCGCUGGCGCUCGGCUUCUACCUGGCGCUCCUCGCCGUCGGCGUCGACCUGCUGUGGACCGUCGCCUUCGCCAAGAAGUGGUGCCUGCACCCCGAGUGGGUGCACCUGGACAGCACGCCCUUCGCCGGCCUCGUGCGCAACCUCGGCGUGCUGGCGGGCACGGGGCUGGCGCUCAACUCGGGGCUGCACCGCGACGCGCUGGCGGGGGCCCGCGGCGAGGCGCCGGCGUUCCGCGCCGUCUGCGCCGUCGCCGCCGUGGUGACGCUGCGGCUGUACGACGGGGUCAAGGUGCCGAGCGACGACGAGCUGGCGUUCUACGUGCUUACGUUCUGCAAGAGCCUGCUGGUGCCGCUCAGCGCGCUGGCGCUGCUGCCGUACACGCUGCGCCACCUGCUCGACGCCGGAACGCGCCACCACAAGCUGGCUUAAGCCCCCCGCGGAUCAGCGGGGGGCGGCUUUGCAGGCGGUAGGGUUGCCUGCGCUCUCUAAAUUUCGAAUAAAAAAGAAACGGGACUUAUUAUAUAGGAAGGAGUACGUGCGACAAUGCCGGAGAGAGGGGUGGGGGGGGGGGGAGAAUGACAGGUCAACGCAUUGUCUCGGGGUGUACCGUUGUCAGACACCUGACAAAAGCCAGGACUUUUUAGUGUUAGUUUUUUUGUUCUGGAAAGACCGACAGACUACCCCGGACAGCUCGUCUAAAAAAAAAACGAGGGGGUGAUCCUGGGAAAACCAGGACGGGUGGCAACCCUAGCGGGCAGGCCUAAAGCUUCUCUCGCCCCCAACGGCUUGGGCAGGGCUUAAUUCCUCACUGAAUAUAUUCCCAGUCCUGGUCUAUUGAAGUGGCCAGUGACUAGUCGUAGACAUAGCAAGAGGUGUGCCGGAUCGCCGGUAAAGUUGAGUAAGGUGCACGAGACUGAUAGUUGCCACAGCGGUAGGAGGUAUACUGGACGCGGUGUGCCGACUGAACUUAAUCUCCAAGCGCGGGAGAUCUUUAGGGUGGCAUCAGGGGUGGGUGGUUUAGGGAGGACGUCUCCGCUCGACCGAUCGGAGAGAGGACAUGCCAUCGCCCUCCGGCCGCGCCACCGCCCUCCGGCCGGGCCCCCCAAACAGGGGCCCUAGCGGAGUUGCACCGCCUGCACACUCGGCAAACGGCCACAGGCCGCCGUCGGGGACGGGUGGAAAGAAAAACGGAGGGAACGAGCGAGGCAAAGACGACGACGGAACGGGGAAAAAAGGAGAAAGCGGCAAUCGACUGACACGGUCGCAGGGUGCAGGGAGAUGCAACGGACGAACUCAAAGGAGGACGGUGGCCGUGGAACUUUGCCGACUUGAGGGCACGCACGUGACGCAGUGUUGCUGCGGACCCGGUCCCGGCCCCCUCCCAUCGAAGUCGACUCGGCCUUGAGCGAGUACCCCGGUGUGAUGUGCAAUCAUCAGCGCUGCGGAAGGACAAAAGGUUGCCGGGCAUGGUGGUCGCCAUAUGACCCACCGGUGGGCCUUGCCAACCUCACAGUGGUGUUCGCUAACAGUGCUUGCCCCAAUAAGUCUGUUCAAAGGCUACAUGGCGAGGAGGGGGAUCUUUGUCUUUGUGUGGCGUUGGUUUAAGAGACCAAGAUGAGCGAGAGAGACGGAGAGAGGGCGGGUUCAAUGCGUGUCCCUGACACUAUUUAGUUAAGCUAGAACGUAUCUCAGUGAAACCCGGGUAAGUGCCGGGCUAGUGUUCAUGCGAUACGUUACCUAUACUCGUGUUUUUGCGACGUUGCCUUAUUAAGUUAAGUUAUUGCGAUGUAAUGCAAAAGCAGCUAUCGAAUGUACUACACGACUUUGCGAUUCCAGGACAAUGCACAAACAACAUGCGUUUUAAAAUCGCGUCGAAUUAUUUAAAAAGUACUAAAUAAAUAAAAAAAAUUCUACAUUUACGACAGUUUAUAAGCCUACACCUUCACUACAGUCCCAUCAUUUGCAAUCAAUAUUAUGGGCCCGAACACAAUGCUGACUUUUACAAAAAAAUAUUUGGCCAAAUAUCACAACCAGAAACUCUAUUGAAAGCGAGUCUUAAUACCGAAAGCGAAUCUUAAUACCAGUAGAGCAUCGCAUAACCGGCCGUCACAUAUACGUCCUGACCAAUUAACCGACCACACCCAGAGCAGCAUUGGCACGUGGUUGUUCACCAAUCUGACCUCUUUCACCACCGGCUCUGGGCUGUCAACGGGAGAUGAGCUGCGCCAAUGCAUAGAUGCUCGUUUGAGCAGGGAAAUCAAUGAGCCAUGAUCAUUCCACUGCUGGAUGAAGGCUUCUCCCAAGCCGCCAACAGGUCUCAGUCCUCUUGAGCAAUGCAAGUGAUUAUACUGGUCCUGUACUUCACCGAAACGAUUGCGCCAAUGUUUGCGUUAACGAAUUUUUGUUGUUGUCGAGCGUUAAGAGUUAAGGACGCGCUACAUCGAGGGUGUUGGGUCAUCGCGGACGGUUUCGUAAUGAGGUCGUUGCCACCCCUCGCAUAUAGUGCACAGUAGGCAUCGGCCGUCGUUGAGGUGUUUGCGAUCUCCUCGGAUUUAAGAUGCGAGUCUGAACACUCACUCGAGCGCAACGGCAAGAAUUCUCCCCCGCGAGCGCUUCCAGCAUUCAAUUUGUCCGUGCCGUGGUGUCGCGGCGAGUUCGCCGGAAACGCAAAUCCAGGGGUCGCCAGUUCUAUCCGAUCUACCGGCACGGAAGCUGUAGCUUUUGUACGUUCAACUGCUUUCGCACCGUACGUAGCCCAAACGCGCUGAUCGGAGCUGCUGGGGGAGGGACAACACACACACACACACAAAACUGUUGGAAAAAAAGAUGAAGUUUUCAACCUCGUUGAGACAAUGGUGCAAGUUUUCCUUAAAUCCCGCACACUUCCCACCACCACCACCUGUCCACUCUACAGUUAUCAUGAACUGGGUACACAACAGUUUAUUUGGUCGACAGGUGCUGGGGUAAAGUGUGGGUUGUAUGCGCCUACCUUUUCCCAGAUCUGACCGGUGCAUAAAAACUUGGGGACGCAAAUACCCUCGCGCAGGAGCGCCCUAGAUCUUCCCUCUACUCGGAGGCUCUUCCGCCAGCAGCGGCAGCGUGAGGGAGCAAUUGCGGGGGCUGCGCCUUAACCCAAAUCAAAACAAGCGAGGGUUUAGUGCCAUUUGCGGUUGCAACUGGCAGCUCAAGUGGAUAUUUGCCGCGUAGAAAUUAAAUUAAGAGCACUAAAACACUUAAGGACUUCCCGAUUGAACGAAAUCUAGCAAUUGCAGUUGUUGUCGGCGUUGCCCCACGUGCCGUCUGUACAAUGGUCGUUGUGGCGUUGUUGCUUAUGUUGCUGCUGCUGCUGCUGUUGCCGACUUCACGGAGAUGCACUUCGUUGCCAAUUUCAUUCAAAUAAAAAAAAACACAAAUCCUCGACUUGCUUA